CUUCUUCAUUUUCUCAGUCCUUGCACUCAUUUACUCAACACAAAGUCUUUCGAUCCAUCGCCUUCUCCAAAUCCUCUGAAUUCUCAAUUCUCCGAUUCGCCGGACGAUCGUACGGUUACUGUUUUCCGGCAAUGACUCUGCUCACGCCUCCGCCGAUAGAUCCAGAAGACCACGAAAUGCUUGUUCCUAGUUCUGACUUUCCUACCGAGGGACCUCAGCCUAUGGAAGUUUUGGCAGUUGCACCAGCAGUUACGACAAAUACGGUUGAUGCACAAGCGGUGGAUGAUCCGGCAUCAGCCCGGUUCACAUGGACUGUCGAAAAAUUUUCAAGGUUGAAUGUGAAGAAGUUGUACUCUGAUCCUUUUAAUGUAGGAGGAUUUAAAUGGAGGAUUCUGAUAUUCCCAAAGGGGAACAAUGCAGACCAUUUAUCAAUGUAUUUAGAUGUGGCGGAUGCUGCAACAUUGCCUUAUGGUUGGAGUAGAUUUGCUCAGUUUAGCUUAGCUGUUAUCAAUCGAAUGAAUAACAAGUUAACAGUAAAAAAAGAUACUCAGCACCAGUUUAAUGCAAGGGAGAGUGACUGGGGUUUCACAUCAUUCAUGCCUCUUGGUGAACUAUAUGAUCCUGGGAAAGGUUAUCUUAUGGAUGAUACCGUCAUUAUUGAAGCUGAUGUUGCUGUCCGUAAAGUCACUGAUUACUGGUCCCAUGACUCUAAAAAAGAGACUGGUUAUGUUGGCCUUAAGAAUCAGGGAGCCACUUGUUAUAUGAACUCUCUCCUCCAGACACUAUACCAUAUUCCUUAUUUUAGAAAGGCUGUGUAUCAUAUGCCAACAACUGAGAAUGACAAUCCAUCUGGCAGCAUCCCUUUAGCUUUGCAGAGUUUGUUUUAUAAGCUCCAGUAUAACGACACUAGUGUAGCAACAAAAGAAUUAACAAAGUCCUUUGGGUGGGACACCUAUGAGUCUUUCAUGCAGCAUGAUGUACAAGAACUUAACAGGGUUCUUUGUGAAAAGCUCGAAGAUAAGAUGAAGGGAACUGUUGUAGAGGGCACAAUACAACAAUUACUUGAGGGGCAUCAUAUGAAUUACAUCGAAUGUAUCAAUGUGGACUACAAAUCAACAAGAAAAGAAUCUUUUUAUGAUCUUCAGCUUGAUGUGAAAGGGUGUCGUGAUGUAUAUGCUUCAUUUGACAAGUAUGUUGAAGUGGAACGCCUCGAGGGUGACAACAAAUACCAAGCAGAACAACAUGGUUUACAGGAUGCUCGGAAAGGUGUCCUUUUCAUUGACUUCCCUCCUGUUCUUCAACUUCAGUUAAAACGCUUUGAAUACGAUUUUGUGCGGGAUGCUAUGAUCAAGAUAAAUGAUCGAUAUGAGUUCCCUUUGCAACUUGAUCUUGAUAGAGGGAACGGAAAAUAUUUAUCUCCAGAUGCUGAUCGAAGUGUCCGCAAUCUCUAUACUCUGCACAGUGUUUUAGUUCACAGCGGUGGGGUGCACGGGGGACACUAUUAUGCAUAUAUCAGGCCUACACUGUCUGAUCAGUGGUAUAAAUUUGAUGAUGAGCGUGUGACAAAAGAAGAUACAAAGAGAGCUCUGGAUGAACAAUAUGGUGGUGAGGAAGAGUUACCCCACACAAAUCCUGGGUUCAACAAUUCACCAUUUAAAUUUACAAAAUAUUCAAAUGCGUAUAUGCUUGUCUAUAUACGUGAAAGUGACAAGGAAAAGAUCAUAUGCGAUGUGGAUGAGAAGGACAUAGCCGAGCAUCUCAGGAUAAGACUAAAGAAGGAGCAAGAAGGAAAGGAACAAAAGAGAAAGGAGAAAGCAGAGGCUCACCUCUAUACAAUCAUUAAGGUAGCUCGUGAUGAAGACCUUGGUGAACAAAUUGGAAAGGAGAUCUAUUUUGAUCUUGUGGAUCAUGAUAAAGUGCAUAGUUUCCGUAUUCAGAAGCAGAUGCCAUUUGCUCAAUUCAAGGAGGAAGUUGCUAAGGAAUUUGGCAUACCAGUUCAAUUUCAACGUUACUGGCUAUGGGCAAAGCGCCAGAACCAUACAUAUCGGCCUAAUCGUCCAUUGACAGCUCAAGAGGAACUUCAAUCUGUUGGUCAACUGAGGGAGGUUUCAAAUAAAGCGAAUCAUGCUGAGCUAAAAUUGUUCUUGGAAAUAGAAUUUGGCCUGGAUUUGCAACCUUUUCCUCCACCAGAGAAGACCAAGGAAGAUAUCCUUCUCUUUUUCAAACUUUAUGACCCUUUGAAAGAGGAGAUAAGGUAUGUUGGACGGCUUUUUGUAAAAGGAAGUGGCAAGCCACUGGAGAUACUUGCAAAGCUAAAUGAGUUGGCUGGCUUUUUGCCUGAUGAAGAAAUUGAACUUUUUGAGGAAAUAAAAUUUGAACCAAAUGUGAUGUGUGAACACAUUAACAUGAAUCUGAGUUUUCGUGGCUGUCAGCUAGAAGAUGGGGACAUUAUUUGCUUUCAGAAAUCCUUUCGGAAGCAAGGGAAUGAACAAUAUCGCUUUCCAGAGGUUCCUUCAUUUUUGGAGUACGUGCACAAUCGCCAGGUUGUUCGUUUUCGCUCAUUGGAGAAACCCAAGGAGGACGAGUUCAGUCUUGAUUUGUCAAAGCAGAACAACUAUGAUGAAGUUGUUGAAUGCUUAGCUCGCCAUCUUCGCCUGGAUGAUCCAUCAAGAGUAAGGCUUACAUCACAUAACUGCUACUCACAGCAGCCAAAACCUCAGCCAAUAAGGUAUCGUGGAGUUGAUCGUCUCACAGAAAUGCUUAGUCACUAUAAUCAGACUUCAGAUAUUUUGUAUUAUGAAGUCCUGGAUAUUCCUUUACCAGAGCUUCAGGGCUUAAAAACUCUCAAAGUUACUUUUUAUCAUUCUGCCAAAGAUGAAGUGACUAUCCAUACUAUCAGAUUGCCAAAACAAAGUACCAUAGCAGAUGUUCUUAAUGAUCUGAAAACAAAGGUUGAAUUGUCACGGCCGGAUGCUGAACUAAGAUUGCUGGAAGUUUUUUACCACAAGAUAUAUAAGAUUUUCCCCCUUAAUGAAAGGAUUGAGAACAUAAAUGAUCAAUACUGGACGCUACGUGCAGAGGAGAUUCCUGAAGAGGAGAAAAACCUGGAUCCUCAGAGUCGCUUAAUUCAUGUUUAUCAUUUUAUAAAGGAAACGACUCAAAAUCAAGCACAAGUUCUGAACUUUGGCGAGCCCUUUUUCCUAGUUAUUCAUGACGGUGAGACAUUGACUGAAGUUAAAGCUCGCAUUCAGAAAAAAUUGCAGGUUCCAGAUGAAGAGUUUUCAAAGUGGAAAUUUGCAUUUUUGUCCAUGGGUCGUCCUGAGUACCUGGAGGAAUCGGAUAUUGUUUCCAACCGUUUUCAGAAAAGAGAUGUGUAUGGUGCUUGGGAGCAGUACCUUGGAUUAGAGCACACUGACAGUGCUCCAAAACGAUCAUAUUCUGCCCACCAGAACCGACAAAAUUUUGAGAAGCCUGUUCGGAUCUACAACUAGAUAAUUUCCGGAGCUACUUCCUCAUUACCGUAUGAUUAUCUUCGAAGGUAAGCGUGCUGUUUUGCCAAGAAGGUGCACUAGUUUCAGCAGAAGAUAAUGGUUUGGCAGGUAAAUGUGGGGAUGUCACCUUGGUGGUAGUAUACAUUUAGUCCUCCCGAGACGGUUAAACAUUUAUGCUGAGAUUUCACUAAGCAAGCACCCGUUUUUCGGCUGAGGGUGUUUGCUGGUAAAAUUGGCUUCUGUCAGUUGUAAUGUAGGCAAAUCCAUGCGAUUUUGGAUGAGUACAUGUAUAGAGGGUACAGAUUAUUGGCUUUGACUCUCCUAUAUUUAGAAAAUCGGUUUCGAUUUUAUCCUAUUUUUAGACCAAAAACAUCAAAUCCAUACAUUUCUUUAAGAAUUUUCUGAUUUCUCAAGUUAUAGGCCGAAAUAGGAAAAUCUGUAAAAUGUUAGAUUAUUUUUAGUUUCUGGGUUUCCCAUAACUAUGCAACAGAGAUUAUUUA